AUGUCUCAUGCCAGUGCCGAGCCCGAUAUAGGAAAUGCCCCGCCCGAUGAGCACACCCCACUCCUCCCAGACCAACCAUCGGAUACUACCAAAUGGAGCCGAGUAGAAGGGCAAACACUCUUUUAUACCCGGGAGAAAGGUUUCUUCGCAGAAUAUUGGGGACUGUUGAAGGACUCAUUGCCAGUGAUAUUAGGGUAUGCGUUACAAAUGAGCAUCCAAACAACAACCACGAUUAUUAUAGGACAAUCAUCGCCUAUGAAUUUGGCUGUCGCCGCUUUUACACAGAUGUUUGCACUCGUCACUGGAGGAAUGAUCGCUCUAGGAGGAACAACUGCCCUCGAUACGAUUGGUUCGUCCGCAUACACUGGCGGGAACAAGCACGAUCUUGGAAUCUUGCUUCUGCGGGCGCUCAUGGUUUUGAGCGGCUUCUUUAUUCCUGUUGCCAUUCUCUGGGCAAGUUCCAAUCCUUUAUUUAGGGCUCUUGGUCAAGAUCCGGAGCUUGCCUACCUUAGUUCGCGGUAUCUGACUGUGUUUAUUCCGGGUGGGCUGGGAUAUAUCUUCUUCGAAGUCAUGAAGAAGUAUUUACAAGCCCAAGAGAUCAUGAGAGCUGGGACAUAUGUUAUGAUGGUCGUCUUACCAUGCCAUAUCGCCAUCACCUAUCUUUUCUGCUAUACACUGGGGAUCGGGUUGCUUGGUGCCCCUUUAGCCUCUGACAUCUCCUACUGGCUAGCCGUUGCACUCCUAGUACUUUACAGCAAAUACAUCGCUGGCUCCGAGUGCUGGGGUGGAUGGUCAAUGGCGGCCUUCGACAACAUCUGGACCUUCGUGCGGCUAUCAUUCCUGGGCAUCAUGCACAUCGGAACGGAGUGGUGGGCAUUUGAGAUUGUGGCAUUGGCCGCCGGACGCCUGGGUACAAUCGCACUGGCAGCUCAGAGCGUGAUCAUGACUGCCGAUUCCGUGAUGAACACAAUACCCUUUGGCCUCGGCGUGGCAACUUCAUCUCGAAUUGGCAAUCUGCUCGGAGCCCGCAGUGGGAAGAGUGCGGCACGUACGGCUCAUACUUCUGCCUUCCUUGCAAUCAUACUGGGAUCAGUCGUUCUAGUCAUACUGAUGGGCAGCCGUAAUCACUUUGCCAAAAUCUUCAACAAAGACCCACGAGUAGCGGAGCUGGUGUCAGAAAUCAUGCCACUGGUCGCUGUUUUCCAAAUUGCAGAUGGCCUGAAUGGAAGUUGUGGUGGCAGUUUGCGUGGUAUGGGCCGACAGCAUAUCGGCGCUGCUGUGAACGUGAUCAGCUACUAUAUAUUUGCUCUGCCACUGGGUAUUUACCUUGCUUUUCAUGGUUGGGGACUAAAAGGCCUCUGGGUUGGCCAAUGUGCUGCACUAUACUGUGUUGGAAUUGUGCAAUGGAUCAUGGUUGCACGUAGUCGAUGGGACAAGGAGGUGCUCAAGGCAUUCAGGCGUAUGGAUACCCAUGAUGACCAGUAA